GACGUCACGGUUGUAAACACCCGUAUGUACUCACAUCUUUGUGUCCCGUGGAAACAUGUCGGGGAGGAGAGAGCCCAGUGGAGGAACUGCUUCGUCUAUCAAAUGCUCACCUGAGACAUAAAGCGACAGAGCCAGAGAGGAAACGGCGGCGUGUUUGUUCGAGUUUGGAGCAACUGCAGCCUUCCGCUGUCACAGAAGCGAGCCGGUCGGGAUCGGAUGGACGACUAAAGACAGACAGCCGGGGCUUGAUCUGAAGACUUAGCCUAGCAGGCAGGUGGUCGAGCCGGUUAGAGAGAAAGAGCGAGAGAGGGGGGACAGCGUGUACGGUCUCGGAUCAGAACGGGGUUUCUCCUUGCUAGGGGAUGUUAUCCGUACUGUCUUAUGGCAGACUGGUAGCCAGGGCUGUCCUGGGCGGACUCUCUCAGACGGACGGUCGGGACUACAGUCUGAUCACCGCCAGUUAUGGUUUCGGUAAAGACUUUCGCAAGGGGAUCCUGAAGAAAGGGAUGUGCUACGGUGAUGAUGCUUGCUUCAUUGCACGGCACAAGACGGCUGAUGUCUUGGGCGUAGCAGAUGGCGUAGGUGGUUGGCGGGACUAUGGUGUCGACCCAUCUCAGUUCUCUGCGACCUUAAUGAAGACCUGUGAGCGACUGGUGAAGGAGGGUCGCUUCACACCCAGUAAUCCAGUGGGCAUCCUGACGUCUGGCUACUACGAGCUCUUGCAGAACAAAGUUCCCUUGCUAGGAAGCAGCACGGCCUGCAUCGUAGUUCUGGAUCGGCGGAGUCACAGGCUACAUACGUGUAACCUUGGCGACUCUGGCUUUUUAGUGGUACGUGGUGGAGAGGUGGUUCAUCGCUCGGACGAGCAACAGCACUAUUUUAAUACACCCUUCCAGCUGUCCAUCGCUCCUCCGGGAGCCGAGGGAGUCGUGCUCAGUGACAGUCCCGAAGCGGCUGACAGCUCCUCUUUCGACGUGCAGCUUGGCGACAUCAUCUUAACCGCAACAGACGGUCUCUUUGACAACAUGCCAGACUACAUGAUUCUUCAGGAGCUCAAAAAACUCAAGACUACCAACUAUGACAGCAUCCUGCAGACUGCACAGAGCAUUGCAAAGCAAGCUCAUGAUCUUGCCUACGACCCUAAUUAUAUGUCCCCUUUUGCACAGUUUGCCUGUGACAAUGGCCUGAAUGUAAGAGGAGGGAAGCCAGAUGACAUCACGGUGCUGCUCUCUAUCGUGGCUGAAUACACAGACUAAAAUGUGUGUGUGCGUGCGUGUGUGUUUGAGUGCGCUUCUCUGGGGCUGUUCCUUCUUCGCCGCCUGCCUGAGUCUUCCACCUGCGGCCCUCCCGAAAUGCACUGCGUCCUGUGGGGCUGACAGGGGAGGCCCGCCAACACCACGGCACACACUCCUUACAGCACGGCCCGUGUUAACAUUUAGUUUUCUUCCGCUGGUUUUGUUUUGGUGCUUGAGCGGCUGAGGGAAGGCAGGCAGCUAGAACGUUUUGUUUUUUUUCUUUCAUGUUGAUCGUGAUGCAGGAGGAGCAGAGAGAGAGCGAGACGGGCGGGAAGAUGCCUUUCAUUCUUCAAUGUCUCAUCCUGUAGCAUCAACAUCUUUUUCAAUGAUGUGACAGCCCAGGACAGAUGGACGGCCUGUAGGCUUUAAAAUCUGAAAUAAAAAUGUGAUAAGGAGUAAGCCAUGGGUUUGGAUUCUUUAGAGCGUAGUAACAGAUUUAGCAGGCGAAACCUGGCUAUUGGUCUCUGUUGUUAAUCUGUUCCAUGUGGUAAAUGUGUUUGAACAAAGCAUGUAGACUAGACUGAGGAAGCUGCUGCUGGGAUGUUGUUUGAGUAUGAAAUGUACGAGUUGGGAUUAAGUGUCUUUCCUCAGAUCAAAACUCUGUAAUGAGAAACUGUAACACUUAUUAAAGCUUUCACAUGAAGGUUAAUCAGGUUUUGUCGCUUGGCCGAGGGAACCGCAUCUCCUGAUGAGUUGUAAAUAUUUUUGUUUUUUGAGAAACUUGUUCUGGCCUUUCUGUUGUCUUUGAAUUGGUUGUUAAAGCGAAGAGCUGUUUCGUUACUUUAUGGAAGAUCUACACAUGCUCUCGUAUACUUUCUUGUACAGAUACUAAUCUCCAGGUGAUUUUCAUCAAUACCACACUUCCGUUUGAAAGUUGAAAGUCGCUUCCUGAGAUUGAUCUCUGAAGCAGUCGUGUUGCCGAAAGGCCCCUAAAACAUAUGACUGGUUUGUGUGGCAUAUUUGAGAAGCCACUGUACGUAAUGUUUAUAUUUGUUAUAAAGCUCAAGUUAGCAUCUGGGAAUGCUUACAAUUGCAGUGAUAGGUCAGGAACAAAUUCAAAGGAGAAAGAUGUAUUUUUUAAACCUUAUUUUGUUUUAAAAGCUACAGACUGAAGCAUAUGCAGAUGUGACGAACGUCCCGUGGAUGACUAAAAGAUCCAGGUAUCUUAAAAAAAAGAAGAAGAAAUGUGCAUUGUGUGAGUCUGCUUCAAAU